CCUGUUCCUUCUCAUCUCUCCCUUCUCUUUCUACCUGGCCUCCGGCCCGCCCUUCGCCCCUCCCCUUCACGCCCGCGUGGUGCCCGCCAGCAGGUGACUUUUAAGACCUCUCCCUCGCUCUACAGGCUGCACUCAAGAGCUUUCCAGCAGAGCAGCGAGGAUGGCCCUGGCGGGGCUGCCCCUGGCCCUGCUGCUCCUGGCCACAGUCUUUGCAGGUGAUACUCAAGCUGGUCGGGUGUCAAGGUCCAGCGAAGCCCGGACCAGCUCAGAGCUAAGCAAGCUAGCCUUUCCUGUUGACACUCUCGACUCCUUCGGUUAUAACCCUUCUAAAUACAGAUCACCAGACUGUACUCUCUAUGCCAUUCCAGCCUGCCCCAGGAACCUCAGCCCUGUGUGUGGAAGUGACAUGAACACUUACGGGAAUGAAUGUACUCUGUGCAUGAAAAUCAGGGAGGCUAACACCCCUAUUGAAAUUGUCAAAGAUGAGCCAUGCUGAUGGGCUGCUACCGAAGAGCAGAUGGAGAAUCCCACUCCUCCAGCGGCCCCCUGCUAGAAUCCCACUCUUUCCCCCAUUUCGUUGCAUGAUAUUUGUUAACACCACUUCUCUGAGAGGAGGUUGGAAGAUAGAGAUGUGCGGUGAUUGAUGAAUUUUUUUAAAACUCCUGUUCUGGGCUUCUGUCCCAUAGUGCAGUUUAAUUUAGCUUAUGGCCCAGGUGACUUCUGCAUUGCUUUAUUUAGUGGGAAUAAAAU